UUGGUCCGAAUUAUAUAGUAAUAUAAAAAGAAAUCUUCCUUGAAGUAUUACAAGAGACUGGACAACAGCUAUUAAUUUUUCAAGAAUGUCACGACGAAAAAUUCUAUUCCAUGACCGAUCUACAGAUUCAGAAAACGAUUCAGAUGAUCAAAAUCAAAAUAAUGUUACACUACAGAGAAAGAAAAGAAAAAGAACUAUAUGUAGUACUUCCGACUCAGAAUCAGAGAAGAUUGAAGCAAAUGACAGUUGCCGUGAUAUAUGGACGUCAAAAAGAUUUCUCCCUAAAAUACAUAAAUUUUCAUCAAAAGAUUCAGGAAUUAAAGAAAACAUCAGUAGAUCAGCCAAAAUCUUAGAUUACUUCCAGCUUUUUGUUUCUGAAGAGUUCGUAGAACUGAUUGCGAGAGAAACAAAUGAAUAUUGUUCACAAAAGAAUAAUAAUAAUAUAAACAAUUCAGAAGGAACAGGGCUAGCAGAACUAUACCGUUUCUUUGCUGUGUCAUUUUUAAUGACACGCAACAAAAAAUUAUCACUAUUAGAGUACUGGAGUAAAGAUAAACUCCUUCGUAGUGAGAUUUUUGGAGAAAUAAUGACCAGAGACCGCUACCUCAAAUUAUUACAGAUGUUACACUUCACCCAUACGGUCAAUCCUACGAAUGAUCGUUUACACAAAAUACGGAACGUAAUUGAUAUAUUACGAACAAAAUUUAGUCAAGCAUUUCAACCUUAUGAACGUCUGUGCAUUGACGAAAGCUUGCUUUUAUAUAAAGGAAGGCUGUCUUUUAAACAGUACAUCCCGUCUAAAAGAAAUAGGUUUGGUGUAAAAUCCUUUAUUCUCAGCGAUUGUCAGACAGGAUUUGUACUAGAUUUACUUGUUUACGCUGGAUCAUCUACAAUGGUACAUAGUGAAAAUCAGGAUAUUGGAAUAUCUGGCGCAAUAGUUGAAACACUCAUGAAACCGUAUCUUGGAGUGGGUCAUACCCUCUAUGUGGACAAUUGGUAUUCAAGUCCUGCUUUAUUCAAUUUUCUACAUAAUAAUUGCACGAAUGCGUGCGGAACGGUUAGAAAACGGAGGAAGGGAAUGCCGAAAAUUGACGAACGGUUAAAAAGAGGAGAGGCCACAUUUCGAUCAUGCACUAAUUUAUUAGUCACAAAGUGGAUGGACAAAAAAGAAGUAUAUAUGUUGUCUACCAUGCAUACGUCAGAAUUUGGAACUAUAAUCAAGCACGGAGGAACGAAAGUUAUACGAAAACCUGUAUGCGUAUUGGAUUAUAAUAACUCUAUGGGCGCAGUAGAUAAAGCAGACAUGGUCAUCAGCACGGUAAAUUCCACACGCAAAACCUUAAAAUGGUACCGCAAGUUUUUCUUCCACUUGUUAGACAUUUGCGUGUGGAAUGCCUAUUGCCUUUACAAAGACAAAAUGAAAGAACCGAUAUCCAUGGCAAAAUUCCAAUUACAGUUAAUCCGGGAAAUAUUGGGAAAAUAUCACCAAGCUACAAAGCGUCAACCUUUAACAGGCAAUAAUCAUCCGGGAAGAUUAACGGAAAGACAUUUUCCUUCUGUUUACAAAUCGGCAGGGAGAAAUCGAAGUAGACGGUGCGUCGUUUGCAGUGCAAACGACAAAAGACAUGAAUCGAAGUAUGAGUGCAAAGACUGUAAUGUGGGUUUGUGUAUAGAUCCUUGUUUUAAAAUUUAUCAUUGUGAAAUAAAUUACUAAGAAUUUAAUUUGAUACAUCAUUUACCCUAAAUUGUAUUUUCUUUUAUAAUUGUUGACAAGAUUAUAAAAUAUUUAAACAUUUAUUUAGCAAAAUGACGUCUUUUAAGCUUUUUAACGUCUUCAAGUAACCAAUCGCAAGUAAUAUGAUAUAUAAGGUAACAGGUGAGAUUGUUAGAGGGUCAGCCAAUUAGAUUUGCUGAUUAAGAUAACCCUGGACAAUAUUAAUUGCAAGACCUAUAAACAUGUCACUAUGUAACACGUAAAGAAGAGUAUGAUCUGGAAAAAGACACGGUAACGUUGAAAGACGUAAGUCCGAAGACCAAUUUCCCGACUCACAGUAUGCACAGUUUGCGGAGAAGCCCUCCGUUCAGUGGCGCUACUCCGACGGCGCGGUGCCCGGAUUGGUGGCGUUAUUCCAGCGGAGCGAAAUGCCGUAACGAAAGGGUUAA